AUGGCCAGCGAGCGCGAGGGCAAGACUUUCCUCGCACGGUUGUGCGAGCAGGCUGAGCGCUACGAUGAGAUGGUCACGUACAUGAAGGAAGUCGCAAAGAUCGGCGGCGAGCUCACUGUCGACGAGCGCAACCUCCUCUCCGUGGCCUACAAGAACGUGGUCGGUACGCGUCGUGCCUCGUGGCGUAUCAUCUCCAGCAUCGAGCAGAAGGAGGAGGCCAAGGGCUCGGACAAGCAUGUCGGCAUCAUCCGCGAAUACCGCCAGAAGAUCGAGCUCGAGCUUGAGAAGGUCUGCGAAGACGUCCUCGAUGUCCUCGACGAGAGCCUCAUCCCCAAGGCCGAGACGGGCGAGAGCAAGGUCUUCUACCAUAAGAUGAAGGGUGACUACCACCGCUACCUUGCCGAGUUCGCUUCGGGCGAGAAGCGCAAGACCGCUGCCACUGCUGCCCACGAGGCGUACAAGAACGCCACCGACGUCGCCCAGACCGAGCUCACCCCUACCCACCCAAUCCGCCUGGGUCUCGCCCUCAACUUCUCCGUAUUCUACUACGAGAUCCUCAACUCACCCGACCGUGCGUGCCACCUCGCCAAGCAGGCCUUCGACGACGCCAUCGCCGAGCUCGACAGCUUGUCCGAGGAGUCGUACCGCGACAGCACCCUCAUCAUGCAGCUCCUCCGCGACAACCUCACCCUCUGGACCUCUUCGGACGGCGGCGAGCCAGACGCUGCUGCAGGCGAGGCCAAGGGCGAGGAGAAGGCACCAGAGCCAGCGGCUGAGCCACCGACCGAGGCCGAGCCCAAGCCAGCCGCUUCUUAA